AUGAAGAAAAUAGCCAUAACCGGCGGGAAAUGUACCGGCAAAAGCACUCUCCUUCAAUACAUCCAACAAAGAGGUUUCGCAACACUUUCUUUCUCCGAUAUUCUUCAAGAAGUCCUUGCCAGUAAUCCAACUAUCGGCAGUAAUAUCUCCACCAACCUAUCUAAGACCAGCAAUAACAAGAAUAGCCAAGACAAACACAGCAAUAACAAUAGCACUAGCACUAGCAAUAGCAAAGAUAGUCACAGCACCACCAACUCAUCCGAGAGCAGCGAUAGUAAAGAUAGUCACAGCAGUACUAACUCAUCCAAGAGCAGCAAAUCAACCAAAUCAACCAAGUCGACUAAAUCAACUAACUCCACCAAAUCAACCAACUCCACCAAAUCCAAAUCUAAUAACAAACGCCAUACUAACCCAACCCAACCUAAUGCUUUACUUAAACAAAUUGAAGCCGAUCUUAACUCUGAAUCUCCUAACUCAACCAAAAUCCAACUAGUCCCUAAAAUCAUCUCUAUCUUCCGCCGUCGCAUCUUCUUAGCCGUACUUAAAGGCCAAGGCACUAUCUUCGCCGAAGUCCCUUUCCUCUACGAAUGCCAUCUUGAAGACUAUUUCGAUAAAGUCCUAGUUGUUACCUGUGGUCCCAAAACCCAAGAAGAUAGAAUAUCCCUCUCCCAAAAAGACCUCCAAGUCGCCAAAUCAACCGCCGACCAACAAAUCUCUCUACCCGGCAAACGAAGAAAGUGCGACCUAGUUAUCGAUAAUAACCGCACUCCAGACGAUAUGUUCUACCAAGUAGAUACCAUCCUCCAAAAAGAAAGAAAGCACUCUCUCUUCUUCACCUUCACUCUUUCCUUCCUCCUCUUCGCCAUUCUUACUUCCUUCCUCAUUCCACCAACCACUCGAAACCAUCUCCUCCACCAUCUCAACCAGUUCAUUCAUCCUCUCCACCACCAUUUCACCCACUGCAUCCACCAACUCAAUCUAACUCUCACUCACUACCUCACCCCAAUCACCACACGUCUCCACCACUGGUACACCACCUACCGCCCCCACUCAACUCCAUCAUCCUAA